UGGGGUGGGAAUAUCUACCAUAUAACUUCGUGGAAGGACAGUAUUGAAACGCCCAUCAAUUUGUUUCAAAUUCAAUCAAUUUUUGUUCACAGAUGGCGAUUUCGGAGGACUCCAAACCAACUCCACCGAAUUCAUUUGGAGCCGUUGUCCUUGGAGGCACCUUUGACCGAUUACACGGUGGCCACCGCCGUUUCCUCAAGGAAGCAGCGGAGCUGGCAAGGGAUCGCAUUGUGGUUGGAGUAUGUGAUGGCCCUAUGUUGAUUAACAAACAGUAUUCUGAUCUAAUAGAACCCAUUGAAAAAAGAAUGCAAAAUGUUGUUGAUUAUAUAAAGUCUAUAAAGCCAGAGCUGGUAGUGCAAGUCGAACCUAUUACAAAUCCUUACGGUCCUUCAAUCAUAGACGAGAAUUUGGAGGCUAUUGUAGUCAGCAGCAAGGAGACCUUACCCGGUGGACUGUCUGUCAACAAGAAGAGAGCUGAGAGAGGCCUCUCUCAGCUAAAGGUUGAAGUUGUAGAUCUAGUCCCUGAAGAAUCGACUGGAGAUAAAUUGAGCUCCACGACAUUGAGGAAGCUUGAGGCUGAGAAGGCCAGGAAACUUCAGCUGGGAUAACAGAUCAAAUUGGCUCGUCAGAUCCUUGUUUACAAUUCCAGAAGAGUUCAUUAGAUUGGGACAGACUUUAAUGAUGAUUGUCAUGGGUUCUCUCCAUUAGAUUUAGUGUUAGCUCUUGACAUAAAUAUCGAUAAUGGAACUUGAAAUUAUAUUUACCAUAGAUGAAUAUAACAUUAUCUUUUUCGUUUUUCA